UUUUGACGUUCCUAUUCAGAAUGCCAAAAUUUCACUUUCACUUAGCAAUUAAAGCAAAACUUGGCGCGUGAUUUAAAAUUUUCAUAAUAAUGCCCUUUUACGCAGUAGCCAAAGGACGAAAGGAGGGUAUAUACACUACCUGGGCAGAAUGUGAACAGCAAGUAAAAAAAUUUAGUGGAGCAAUUUUCAAAAAAUUUCCCUCACUCUCUGAAGCUACUGAUUUUUUAAUCAAACAUGAAGCAAAUAAUUUGCGUAGUGAAUUGGAAAAUAAAACCUGUGGAAAAGGAUUUCAGCAGCUUUGCGUUUUGCAAAAUACUUUAGCAAACACUGUUAAGCAGGAAAAUCCUGUUUCGUCAGAAUCUCCAAUAACGCAAAAUAUAAAAGAAGAACCAUUGUCUGGAAGUUUGUUGUUUAAUGAUAAUGAUGGAGAUAAGGAAUUGUUAACAGUACUACGCCAAUUGGAAGAAGGCCAAGAUGUUAACACAAGGAUUCGAAAAGCAGAUACAAAAGUAAUGAAAUUGGGUCUAACUGCUAACACGAAGCCCCUUAAAAUCGGACAUUACACUUUUGAUGCGAGUGACGACGGUUAUAUAAAUGUAUAUAUUGGUGGGCAUAGUGAAAAUAUUGGUAAUUGGAACUGUAUGGCGGGUUAUGGUAUAUAUUUUGGAGAAGGUCAUCCUCUCAAUGUGUCUGAAGCAGCAACUGGUCGCAUGACACGAAAUGUUGGUGACAUUGAAGCGGCUAUCGAAGCUAUUGAAAUUGCUGUACGGGUUGGUAUACCCAAGUUAUGCUUGCACACUAAAUCUGAGUUCUUACUAAAUGCCGUAGCGUUUUGGAUGAAUAUUUGGAAGCGUCACGAAUGGCGUAAUAAGGCUGGUAAAGUUGUGCAAAACCGAAAGCAAUUUGAGAAAUUGUACGCUCUUAUCAAUGAGAGUAAUAUCCAUAUUAAUUGGGCUGAUGGUCGUAAUGAUUCGGGUAUUUCGAAUUGGAAGCAAGUGGAAAAACUAGCUGAAUUUGGAACGGAAGAUUAUCUUGACCGUCAUCCCAGUAAGGAAGACAGCGCCUCGAUGGAAUACUUUGACGACUUUGCGUAUUAAGUUUUGCUCGAAUAUUUUACACAUACUUUGCCAAUAUUUAUAAAAGAAAUUCGCAAUGUUUGACCAUUUCCGUGUAUGUUCGAAAGUAUUUGCAUACUUUUCAAAUAUUGGCUAUGUAAACAUUUUUUUAAAGCAACUGUUUUAUCAGCGAAGAAACCCGAAAAAACAUUUCUUGAAAAUAAAUAAACAAUUUUAUGGUUAUAUAAAGACGAA